ACUUUUAAGCGUGUUAUAUUGUCUAAAGAUUAUAGGAGAACAGACUAAAAUCAAGUAACUCUAAUAAAUUUGUAAUAAAAUUUAGAAAACAUGCCUAGAACCAAACGUCCUGUACGGAAGCAAGACAAAACAGUUGAAGAUGAUGAUACAUUGAAAAAGUUGAACAAACUUGUACUCGAUGAAAAGAACGUUAUAGACUCCAGGACACAAAUGGAAAUACGUAAUGUUGAAUUGGCCUUCAAGAUUCUGUUGGGUUCGAUCAGCAAUAAGUACUUGCAGAAGACUGUCGGUGAAUUAAAAACAGAAUUACACCUCCAAGAAGUAACGAACACAAGGCAAACAAGGAAUUCAAGCAGAUCUGCCUCACAUGAUGAUGGCUACCUCACCGAGAACUCAUCACAGGGCUCCGGGGAAAGAGUCUCCAAGAAAUAUCUGUCGGUACCGAAGUCUGCGAGUCGAGCCGCGCCCCGGCGGUCCCGCUCGGCGGCGCGCCCCCCGCGCCCCACCGCCGCCCCCUCCCUCAGCGCGCCCCGCCGCCGCUCGCGCUCCGUGUACCGCACCCCCGCCUGCAACAAGAAUGCGUCGACAUACUACCCUGCUAUCACGCCUAAGGUGACCCCUCAGACGCCCCUGACGGUUUUGAGGCAGCCCCGUCAAGGAGAGAUGGUUGUAUCGAUGUCUGGCUCUCCGGUUAUGGUGCCAACAUGCUACACAAUGCAACCUGAUGAGAUGGCCAAUUGCAAUAUUCUCCUUCAAGAUGGCACAAUGCUCUCCCUUCAACCGAAGCAACUGAGGCAGUCACAGGCCUACAUCCCGUUUUCAUUGAUGGACACAAACGUUCUUAACCAGCUGAAGACCUUGAAGGAUAAUCUGGAUAAAGUAGUCAAGUUGGGAGAGAAAGUCAUGAAGUGAUUGCGAUAAACCUUAGAUUGUACUAAUGAUGAAGUGAUGUUUUAUUUGUAAUGAUAGUAUUAAACGUAUUUGACUACUGA